GGGUUCAAGGACGCUUCAUUCGUCCCGCAACCCGGGACCAAUGAAGCGUGCACAAUCUCCGUUCCUCUCUGCCUCGCUCCUCGUGAUCCUCGUGACUGCGACAGCGCGGCAACGACGAUCCCGAAGAGCGAAGGCAAAGAGUAUUCCCCUUCCUUGCAGGCUUCUCCGGAUCGUAACAUUUCCGAAAUGAUCCCGAGAAGUGGAAAUAGCAUAGACGCGGUUCGAUCGGCAUCUUUACCCCAUUUAACGACGACAGCAACCACGACGACGACGACGACGAUGAUAAUGAAGACACCGCGAUCCAAGGUAUAUCGUAAAACGUCCCUCAGGAGCCCGUCUCUCAACUGCGACAUUGGCGGUGGCAGCAUUCUCGAGAAGAAAGGCAUCGUUCGAUACGUAAGUGCCGCCGCUCAGGAAAAGAAACAGAAGAGAAGAAGUCUCGCAGAGAAAGAGACGGACGUGAGGAGCGAGAACAAGUGGAAUCUUGAGAACAUCCAUAUUACGUGCAAUCCGCUGUCGACUCCGUAUCCGUACUCUACGCCAACAACCACGACGACGACUACCACCACUACUACUACUAUUUCUAGCAAGACGACGAUGGAGAAUGAUGAGGAGCCGAAGAGCCGCAGCUGCGGCAGCUUUCUACCGAUACUCGCCCUGAUCCCGCAUUCGGUCAUCAGUUUCCAGUAUCUCAGCCCGAAAAUGAAGUUUUCGUGGUGGCGGAAUAAGAUCUCGUGAAGGCACGCGUAGACGCUCACCGUCGUCGCCGCCGACGUUGCGCGUCGCGACACCACUUCGACCUGUUUUAUGAAGAGACACGUUUCUCUUACCUCGUAGCGAGCUCUCUUUCUCUCUGUUUCUUUGCUUAUAUCUCUCUAUCUCUAUUUCUAUAUCACUUCGGGCCAGUCUUCAUCAAUUAGAGAAAUCCCGAGGAAGGAAUCAUCUCGCAAAUCCAUCUAUAUUGACAUUCGCGUGCAUGCGUAUUAGUUGUAACUUUCCGAGGGUCCUACUGUGAAAAAACAAAAAAAUAUAUGCCACGGUAAUCUUAACGCAUUUUUGAAACGCGUGGCGUCUUUAAAUAGUCUCCUGACAGGUUUUUGUUGACAAACUAUCACGAGAUUCGGUUCCGUGAUUGUAAAGUAUUUGAGACGUCAAAGUGUAUAAUGUAUAUUAAGAUCUAAAGGCUUCGAGAAAUUUAAAACCUGAGAUUUAAUUUUCUACAAGAGCGCUAUACAACUUUUGUAACAAUAAUCUUUCAAAUCUUUAAAUCUUGUGAAAGAAAAAAGUACGCUGACUAUAUGUUUAUUACAUUUUUGUAUAGAUAUUUUUGUUGACGUGUCGUAUUGGAUCCUCUAGUCGAUCGAAGUUCCUCCCUUAUACGACGCGCUUUUAAGCUACAAUCUUGUACACUUUUGAGAAUUCGCUUCUGGAAACGAAAUUUUAUUUUAUGUUGAUUUAUAUUGAAUAUAUAGAUUUAAAUAUAAGAUUUAAGUUAUCGUAUCAGCGCUCGCGUUUCUUUUCUUCUCUCUAUCAGAGAUAUAAAAAUAUUCCAAGAUUCUAGAAUAUCUAUAAGUGGCGCAAAAAAAUUAAGAAUUUAAAGAUCGUAGAACCUAAGAAUCCACAGUUCCUAGAAUCUAACACCUAACGAUCCAAAGACCCUAGAAUCUAAGAUCCUAGAACGUAAGGAUUCAGAGAUCUUAAAACUUAAGAAGACACUUCAACACAUCGUAGAGUGUAAGGAUCCAAACUAUUUUGCAGAAUGCGAGAUUCAAAGUAAAAUCGAGCAUUCGAAGAUUCUAGAAUGUAAGGAUUCGAAAAAAAGGAGAUAUAAAAUCUAAGCAUUUAACGAUCGAAUAUAAUAUAAAUCUGAUUUUUCUUCGGCAAAAAUAUAAGACGAACGUUGUUAUUAAUCUUUUAAUUUUCGAGACAUGUACUCGAAAGUAUAAAAGAUAGAGAGAUUUUAAAAUAUGAGAUUAAAAAAUGAGAUUUUUUAAGUAUACAGUGGAGAGACAAGGAAAUUUUUUAGUAUCUUGAUCAAUCCUCGAAUUCAAUUUUCUGUUAAAGCAAAGGAAUUUAUCGAGAUACUUGAGAGAUCAGAUUUUGUCGUUUACUUUGUGUAAGAUCGUUACAUGCGAUUAUUAAUAUCGCAUUGUAGAGAACGCAAGGAGAGAGCAAUGAUCGGUCUCAUCGAUCUUCCUUGGAUCAUGUUUAGAAACAGUAUUACAUCGAUAAACCUAUCGAUGUAAUGCAUACCAUGACUGUAUCAAUAUAGCAAUUGUACGUCGCAGAAUAUAAAAUCGAUUUAACAAUUAUUAGUUGUUGACGGAUGUCGUGAUAUGGAAAAUAGCAUCAGGUUUUCUUUUUUUUUUUUAGCAUUUUUUGUUCCUACUUUAUAAUAUAUGUUCCGUUAAUUAUUAUAGUGAUUAUCCUUAUUUAUGAAUUAUGAGAAGAGAUUGCGAGUCGCGCACACGCACGUACUUGUUUACUCGCUCGAGAGUAAUUUUAAUGAUAGCUCUCGCGAUUGAGUUACUUCGAUUGUUAUAAUUUAUAUUGGGAUUAGCAAUCUGAUGUUUGUUUCACGCUGCUGUUUUUUGUUCGUUAAAUCGGUGAUCUUGUUUUCUUUUUUUUCAUACGAAAUCGUACACAGGAAUAUAUUGCACUUGCUACAAUGGAAUUGUCAAAGUUGUCAUUUAAUUCGGUCUCUUGUGUAUGUUUUUUUCCGAUUUUAAUAAAUCAUUUUCAUAAACGCA